AUUUAUAAACUAAAUGAAAAAUUUGUGAAUUUUUAAAAUGAUAAUAAAUUUGUGUGACAUUACCUCAAAAAGUUAACUCGAGUCCAAACCCAUGGGAUUAUUUGACAAAAAGUCAAAAAAGGGAACAAUAAUGCAAAGUAUCUCAAUGGGGGCUAAGGUAGCGGACAUGAAAGAGGGCUCCCAAUCGGCGCCCACCUCUCCCAUAGCGAAGUCGACGGCCGGCAACCCGGCGACGACCAGCUCUAAGGGCACCGGCAGUAGCCGUACGUCAACGGCGGCCAAAUUCUUCACAUUUCGGUGGCUCUUUCGGGGCUCAAAGAACUCGUCAAAGAAGUUACGACUGAAACAAAUGAACGACAAGACGAAGGAGAAGUUGGCGUCCAUUACGGGCACAAACACCACGAAAAUACUUUUGCGUCAAAGCUAUUCGUUUGACGACAUCCAGCAGUUCCUCUUAAGUCAACAGAAUAACAGUCAACCCUCGCAUCCGCAGCACCACCACCAAAGGGAAAGCCAUUUCCCCGGCAAUGGCAGCCAUAAUAGCGCCGGUGGUGAUAGCAUAAGCUAUUCGAGUCAUUAUAGGAAUAAAAUUCUCUGCAAAUCCAGUCUCGACAUCGAGUCCAAGAAGUCAAAGGCGCCGAUGAAAUGUUUGGCACAAUUCAAGUGCAAACUCUGUCUCACGAAUCGAUGCGGUUAUCAAAUGCACUCAAUCUGGUCGUGUGGAUGCGCUUUC